GUAGUGCAGAAAGAGUUAUCACUCUGUAUGUGCUAGUAUUACCACAAACAGCCGACUGUAAUACAGUAUGACUGCAGCUGCGGCUUGAAUCUAUCUUCGGAUAUUCAUAUUUUUCACAAAGGUAACGGGUUGCUAUUAUUGUGCAAGGGUAGAUCUUUGUAAACAAACGUUUUUUUAAUUCACUGCCUGAAAACCGGAAUUUGGAAGAAAGGAAUUAUUAAUUUUCCUGAUAGCGUGUCUGUGUUAACUGAAAAGCCGGAGAAAGAGACUCUGGAAUCAGCCAUCAUAUAAAAUUUAGCUCGGUGCCUCGGCUACGGCCAAUGGACGGCUUCUUAGUAAUACUGCUGUAAAGAAUGUGCCUGUAACUGGAGUUAUGGAUAACAGAAGCAGGAAGAAUCGUCAUUCAUCAUGAUAAGAUGCAAACCUUGUUUACAGGAGGUACAACAGCUGUGAAGCCAGGGAUGUAAACAGCGCUUAUCUUCUACUUCUCCGUUAAACCAUGAGUGAGGUGCAGGCAACAGUGGAGUUCUCUGUGGAGCUUCACAAGUUCUACAAUGUGGAUCUAUUCCAGAGAGGAUUUUAUCAGAUGCGUUCAACCAUGAAAGUGCCACUGCGGAUUCCUCACAAACUGGAGGCCAGUCUGCUUCGUGCUUCAGGUCCAGACCUUGCUUUUCCUGCCACUGUCCACGAUGGCAUUAUCUGCAGUAAAACAUUUCAGAUUCUUUACAAAAAUGAGGAGAUAGUUGUGAACGAUGUCAUGAUCUUCAAGGUUAAAAUGCUGCUGGAUGAAAAAAAGAUUGAAGAAUCCCUAAAUGAAAUGGAUUUUCAACUGUCUUUAGGUCUGCAUUUCACAGAUGCAGAUUAUUCACCUGAUGACCUGAACUCAUUACAGCUGAUCAGCAGCCGUACAUUGAAAUUGCACUUCAGCCUGCACCGUGGGCUUCAUCACCAUGUCAAUGUGAUGUUUGAUUACUUCCAUCUUUCUGUCGUAUCAGUAGCUAUUCAUGGCUCUCUGGUUGCACUACAUCAGCCACUAAUAAGCUUUCCUCGUCCUGUAAAGAACACAUGGCUUAACCGGAAUGCUCCAGCUCAAUGCAAAGACUCUGUAAUUCCUACUCUAGAAAGCGUUGUGUACGGGAGCAACUACACAAAGCAGAUCUCCCCAGAUGGGAACACAUUUGUAGUGUCGGAGAACUGCUUGCAACAUGCCUUCAGUUUCCAUUACAACCUCUGUGCCAGCUUGCUGCUUGCUUACCAGGGACUAUCUAGCUAUUUCACCAUGGUUACGAAGGAUCUCCCUUGCUCUCACAAAAUGGAACUAGCCAAGGCCAGCAUUCAAGCCCUAUAUGAACGAGUUCUCAGACGACCUUAUCCCCGAAGCCAGAGACGAGUCUCCAUAGAAAAACUGGAUGUUGAUGCUCGACUUUCUGAACUCUGUGAUCAGAUUAAGCAGAAAGAGGAAAGCCCUGAUGAGCUGGCAGAGCUGAUAAACAUGAACUUGGCACAACUGUGUUCUCUUCUAAUGGCCCUCUGGGGACAGUUCCUCGAGGUGGUGUCUUUGCAGGAAGAAGUCACAGCCUUAUUAAAACAGGAGCAUCACACUCUGAGAGUAAGAAGAUUUGGAGAGGCAUUCUUUUGCCUUGAGCACCCUAGACAGGCUGCUCUUGCAUAUCAAGAACUACAUGCUCACAGCCAUUUUCAGAUGACUACAGCGAUUAAAAACUCCACCUACUUCAGUUCUCUCCCUCCCCUACCAAUUGAAUGUGCUGAACUUGAUGGCGAUUUCAAUUUACUACCUAUCAUCUUUGAAGACAGAUACCUGGAUUCAGUCACAGAAGACCUUGAUGGACCUUGGCUUGGUGCUCAGAGUGCCAAAAGUUCUGUCUCCAACAAACUUGAGAGGUCAGAGUCAAGAGAAUCAAGCGCCACUGGAUUCCCCAGUCCAGACAUGAAAAUAAGGCCAUCAGUGGUCUCUGGAAUGUGGCCCAAUGAAAAUGACAAGCAACAAAAACCUAAAAAAUGCAAAAACGAGGAGCCCAUCAAAUCAAAAAUAAAAGUAACAAAACUAAAGAAAACAAUGAAAACAGACAACACUAAAAAAUUAGUCAAACAGAGUUCUAAGGACUCUGUGAUUUUGGUAGGUUACAAGUGUUUGAAAGGCUCAAAUAAAGAAGACAUAUCUAAGGUUAAAGAAGGCAAGUCUUUGGUUAAUCAAGAAGAGGAGCCUGAUGCUUUGAACACGGAAUUCACUAAUGCCAUAAGAACAUACACUAAACAGUCAAGUCAAAGUAGCGAACACCAAUUUCUUCCUUCACACACAGGACAAACUGUUGUAGACUCCAGAACAAGUGGUAAUGUUGACAGCACUUGCAGCGCAAAAGGAGAAUCUAAUCUUUCAGAUUUGGUUACACACACUAAACCCCAGGCCAGUGCUGGAGAUUUAGUGGUGGAAUGCAUAUCACAGCACAUAAAUGCAAAAUCUGAACUUUGCAGUCAGCAGACAAGUCGUGUAUCAGGAGUCAGGCAAAUUGAAGUUAAACCAAGUAGUAGAAAUCCUUAUCAGGGAGAGAAAGUUACAGUUAUCCUUCCGUGUCGGACUGAUGAUAAACGACAAAGCACAAUCCCAGAAAUUAUACAAAAUGAACCUUUUGAUAUGGAGUUUAAAAUGCUUCCUUUAACUUCUGAAAAUUAUUCACUAUUUCAAAAAUGCACUUUACCUAGCAGUACAAAUGCCAAACCUUUGGAAAAUGCAUCAGUGUACAAACAAUCUCUUCUGUCUAAUUCUUCUGCUAAAGAGUUCCACAUAGUUGUUGGUGGAGUUUCCAUUAAGUUGCCAGAUGUCAGCACCACCCAUGCAUCAUCUCGACUUUCAGAUUCAGGAAUUGAGAGUGAGCCCAGUUCUUUUGCAACGCAACCAUGUAUCGACAUAUCGUCGGAGCCUGUUUUGGAACGAUGUUCUCAAGAAAAUAAAAAACCUCAGCCACCACAUCUGCUAAAACCAGAAUCAAAUGUAAAGAACUUGACAGAUGGUCUGUGCACAGAGAGCACUAGUGCUUUAAGUGAAAUACAGUCAUCUCUGACAUCCAUCAACUCGCUGCCUUCGGACGAUGAGGGUGAUGAAAGUUCAAAGAUCUCUGUCAUUCCUGAGUGUCUUCUGAGUGAUAGUCAGACCCUGCAGGACAUGACUAAAGCUGAUGGUCCAAUGUGUGAUGUUAAUAGGAAAUCCAGCAUUGUGAUCCAGGAGCAAAGCGUCAUAUUUUCAGGAUGCACAGUAACUGCUGCAACUUCCAUAGCUACUUCACACACAUGCUCUGGAGACAAAAAAGCUGUUGAUGAUCAGGAGGAUCCAUCACAAGCACACACAACCACCUGUUCCGAACCUCCGGAAGUUGUGACUGACACAAUAAUUCAGGAUCCCCAAAAGGUAGUUGAUUUAGACAGACUUACCAAAGAGCAUUUUAUUAAGCUAAAAUCAGAAAUUGUACAUAUUGGUGAACCCAAUGCUGCUGAAGGCUCAGACUGUCCUGUAGAUGGUGUACAGGGCAGUCAACAGACAGAAGCAAGUAAGAACACAGAGGAGACACCAGAUAGCCCACAAGCAGCCUGUCAGACAAGUGUGAGUACAAGUAACAUUUCUACUGCGAGUAGCACAGACAUAGUGAAGCAAGGGUUGGUGGAAAAUUAUUUUGGAUCCCGGAGCAGCACCGACAUCUCGGAUAUAAGUCCAGUGGAGAGCACCAGCACCCUGAUCAGCCCUCUUAACAACCAAGAGGGUGGCGAGGACCAUCAAGAGGAAGACGAAGAUCAUGAGAUGAUUGAGAAUGGGUAUUACGAGGAAGGAGAGGGUGACAACUUUUUAAAUGGAGCAACUGGCACAGAAUAUUCCGAAUGUGAUGGUGUUGAGGAGGAUGAUAAAGCUCUCAGGUCGGAGCAGCUCAGUACGGAGUGCUACAGAGAUGUCGCCAGCCUGCCAGGGGUCUGCACCCCUCAUUGCUUAUCCUUCACAUCAGGCAUCAGAGACUCCCCGUGCAGCGCUGGUUGCUCAAGGAGUAAGCUGGACACUAUUACAAAGCAGCCUAGCAAUGCUACAGCUUGCUCUACGACUUCUAUGUGUUGGUAUGAAAGUGCCACCAAAUCGCAAAUGAUGGCUUUUGUCCAGGCUAAAGAAGAUCUAAAGCUGCUGAAACUGCCAGGCUUUGUGUAUAGUGAUGUUCCUGAUCUGGCAUCAAACAUCCCUUAUUUUAGUAUGGAAGAAGAUGAAAGUUCAGAAGAGGGCAUUCAUCUGAUCGUCUGUGUGCAUGGUCUUGAUGGUAACAGCGCUGAUCUUCGGCUCGUGAAAACUUACCUUGAGUUGGGACUGCCAGGAGCCCGUAUUGAUUUCCUCAUGUCUGAGAGAAACCAGAAUGACACCUUCUCUGAUUUUGACUCCAUGACUGAUCGUCUCUUGGAUGAAAUAAUCCUGUAUAUUCAAAUAUACAGUCUAACUAUUUCUAAAAUAAGCUUUAUAGGACACUCUUUGGGAACUUUAAUAAUCCGCUCAGUCCUUGCGAGACCCAGGUUUAAAUAUUACCUAAACAAGCUGCACACGUUCCUCUCUUUAUCUGGGCCACAUCUGGGGACUCUCUAUAACAGCAGUGCUCUAGUUAACACAGGGUUGUGGUUUAUGCAGAAGUGGAAGAAGUCUGGUUCUUUGUUGCAGCUGACAUGUCGAGAUCACUCUGACCCUCGCCAAACAUUUCUUUACAAGCUGAGUAAAAAAGCAGGGCUUCAGUUCUUUAAGAAUGUGGUCCUUGUGGGUUCACUGCAGGACCGCUACGUUCCCUAUCAUUCUGCUCGGAUUGAGAUGUGUAAAACAGCCUUAAAAGAUAAGCAGUCAGGACCAGUGUAUGCUGAGAUGACGGAGAACUUGCUUUUGCCAGUUCUGCAGAACAAGGAAUGUAAUCUGGUGCGCUAUGAUGUGAUCCAUGCCUUGCCCAACACAGCCAACUCACUCAUUGGAAGAGCCGCACAUAUUGCUGUUCUGGAUUCGGAAAUAUUUCUAGAAAAAUUCUUCCUGGUCGCAGGCCUCAAAUACUUUCAGUAGGUGGACAUUUUGUAGGAAGAUAAAAUAAUAAUAAUUACCUCAUGGAGAAGAAAUGCAAAAUGGAUGAUAUUACUGUAUUUGAUUCAUUUGGAGUUUUAAUAGAUAUUUAUACUUUUUAUAAUGGAGGAUAAAUAGAUCAGUAUUUCUAUAUUCUCAUCAAGUUUUUAGUUUAUUUGUGGCUGUGCACAUUUAUUUUUGGUCUUUUUUUUAUUUACUUUUUCUAUUGUUUUUUUUUAUUUUGUAGCAACCAUUGUAUUAUAUACAUUAUGGUGAAAUUUUGUUAAAGUACAUUUCAGUUGUUAAUGUUACUGUAUGUCAACGGAAAUAUAUGUUUAAGACAAACCAGCUAUAUGUUACUGGUUUCUUUUUUUUUUUCUUUAACAUGAAGCAGUCAAAUUGUUUAACUGGAAAAUGUAGCUGCUGAGGGAAACAUUUAUUUUAUGAGCUGACCAAGUCCUUAUUCGUGUGUCUUUAUCAUCACUGCUUCAUUAGACUAAAAGGAAUUCAUUUUAUACUCCGUGUGUGCAUUGAAUUCUAUCAUACCUGUGGGAAAAGAUUUUUCCACUGGAAAGAAUGGGCAGUCAUUCUGGUUUGUAAACUUAUUACUGCAUUAAUAGUUUUCAGAGAAUUUCAGUAUGUUAUCAUAGAAGAAGAGAUUUUGAAUGUAGCUCAAAACAUAAAGUUGCCUUGAUGAUAAAUUUUAGUUUUCUAUAGUUCUCACUUCCAUUGCAGUUUAAUAUUUACCCAACCUUGACACGGAUGAAAAGCACAGAGCAGAAAACUGAACAGUAGAAUGUGUAUAAUGUAAAAAAAUGUACAAUGUUUUUUUUUGUGUGUGUUUUAUUGACUGAAUAUGGGCAGUGGGAUCAAACUUUUGUUGAAAACAUGCUUUUCAUAAUUGGUGGGGAAUGCCAUUUUUGUCAGACUAAUCAUAUUCAAGUCCCAGUGUGUGGAAUGUAAGUUUAAUGCUUUUUAACACAUUUUAUUUCCCAUUUCUUAUUUAUUUUGAAUGUUACAACAUUUAAUGAAAAAGGCAGUGUAUAGUGUGGUUUUAAAAUUGGAAUAUUUUUGUUCUUAUAGGAUAUUGAUGCAUGUUCUCAUUUCUUUGUCAAAAAAGUGGUUUGGAACAUCUGUUGCACAUGUGCCCAUAAAAUGUACCAUAAACAAAUACAAA